AUGAUGGACGGAGCGAGGGUUUUCAUCAUCAUUCAGAAGGUGUUCUACCCGCUGCUGUGCAUUCUGGGUAUUCCAGCGAACCUCUUCACGUUCUACAUGUUGUGUUGGCGUGUGUGUGGCAUGUCGGACUCGGCGCGGGUGUACCUGAGCUGCUUGGCGGUGGUGGACACGUGGUACCUGCUGUGGGUGACGCUGCUGGACCUGAGCCUGGUGUUCCUGCAGCCGCAGCCGUUCUGGCACUCCCACCCGUGGUGCGGCUUCAUGAACUUCCUGCAGUUCGGGACGUUCUACGCCUCGGCCUGGCUCGUCGUGGCCUUCACCAUCGAGCGCUACCUGGUGUUCAGAGUGAUGGUGAGCCGACAGCGCCACCUGCAGGUCAGACAUGCCCUCCUCACCUGCACCACCAUCAUCCUGCUCUCACACCUGGCCUCCAUUCCUCUCAGCUGGAUCAACGUCGUGGUGCAGGUGAACCUGACUCUGAAUGGACAGACUGUUACGGUUCCGCGUUGUCUUUAUCGAGACGCGCUCUACCCCACUGUGGUGGUUUGGGUCACGUCCUUCCUCUCCAGCGGAGUUCCCAUCCUGCUCGUCAUCAUCUUUAACUCUCUGAUAGCGUACCAGCUGCUCGGCUCUGGUCGUCUCUUCACUAAAGAGGAACGCCGGACAAUCCGAGCCUCUCGGACUCGAGGUUCCGCCCGCAGGACGCUGCUGCUGCUCGGGAUCAUCUCGGUGGCAUUUGUGGUUCUCGGCUUGCCGCGCUUCAUCACCUACUGCAUCCUGCGCACCAAACACAACCACAAAGACUUCGACCGAGACGACUACACCAUCCCCAUCAACAUCAUCGGGGACGUGGCCAACAUGCUGCACAACCUCAACUCCGGCACCAACUUCCUGCUGUACUGCGUGGCGAGCCGCAGGUUCCGGCACGAGAUCGUUGACACGUUCCGGUGCGGAGUCCGAGCUCGAGAAUUCGGCUCCUUCUUCACACAGACCACCAUGAAGGUCUUCUUUGUGGCUGAUCACAAAGAAGCGGCAGGACAAGACCCCGUCUCUAUCGUUCUAACCAAACUGAGACACGUGGAGAGUCCGACGGCGCCGAGCAGCAGGAACUCGGACGGUUCCUCUGCGUUCUGGACCCUGAGACAGUUCUGA